GAUUAUUCUCAGUCAACUUCACCAAUUUACACACUUCAAAGCAAAUCCCACUUUUUUGGUGAGAAAUAUGCAUAUUUUUACAGUUAAAUUGUGAAGUGAGUGGAAAUGGGCAAGAAAGAAUUAUUCUUUUCCUAACCUGCAACACUGUGUGCCUUGUUGAUUUUUCUACUUGGUUCACUUGUUCAUAGCCGCACACACGCACGCACACACACAUAUAACUGAUAUAUAAGCACAUGCAUAUGGGCUUAACUGUGAAAUUGCUAGAGCUGCAUCUUGGAUGUUCUUGAGUGUGAGAGUAGGUCCUUUCUCUGUACCCAUGUGGAAAUCAAUAUCUAAGUGGCGAUGUCUUUUUUCCAGGUGCUUGAUUUCUUGAAAAUAUGGCGAUUUGACUUGAAGAAUCAAUUGUUCAUCCCCUGAGGUUCUUGGAAAUGGAGGGCCAUAUGCAUAUGAUGAGAACAAUUGUUUUUAUGAUUUCUUGUUUGUGGGUGCCCAUGGAAGUCAUUGGCAUAACUGGAAAUGCCACUGCUCCUUCGGCUAGGCCAAGGGUGGUGAAUAUUGGAGCUUUAUUUACAUUAAAUUCAGCUAUUGGACGGUCGGCCAAGCCGGCCAUUCUUGCUGCAGUUGAUGAUAUAAAUUCUGAUUCUAGCAUUCUUAAGGGAACAAAGUUGAACCUCACCUUGCAGGAUACAAAUUGCAGUGGCUUUCUUGGAACUGUUGAAGCUAUGCAGCUAAUGGGUAAAGAUGUUAUUGCUGCAAUUGGUCCACAAUCGUCAGGAAUAGCCCAUGUUAUUUCCCACGUUGUGAAUGAACUUCACGUGCCACUCUUGUCAUUUGGGGCUACAGACCCAACUCUUUCUGCUCUGCAGUACCCAUACUUCCUUCGCACUACAACAAGCGAUUACUUCCAGAUGUAUGCAGUUGCCGAUCUUGUGGAAUACUUUGGAUGGAGAGAGAUAGUUGCCAUCUUUGUUGAUGAUGAUUAUGGUAGAAAUGGAAUUUCUAUAUUGGGUGAUGCACUUGCAAAGAAACGCGCUAAGAUUUCUUAUAAGGCGGCCUUUACUCCUGGAGCCACAAACAAUGACAUUGAUAGCCUGUUGGUUGGAGUGAACCUUAAGGAAUCUCGGGUUUUUGUCAUACAUGUAAAUCCUGACUCAGGUCUUACAAUCUUUUCAAUAGCAAAACGUCUUGGAAUGAUGGGCAAUGGAUAUGUUUGGAUUGCUACAGAUUGGCUUCCUUCUGUUUUGGAUUCUUCAGAUACCAUUAAUCCUGAUACUAUGGAUCUCAUACAAGGGGUUAUUGCACUUCGCCAUCACACAUCAGAUUCUAAACUUAAAAAAAGUUUUACUGCUCGUUGGAGAAACUUAAAAGAUAAAGAGACCCCAAAGUUCAAUUCUUAUGCUCUAUAUUCAUAUGAUUCUGUGUGGUUACUCGCUCGAGCUCUUGAUGCUUUCUUUGAUGAUGGUGGAACUGUUACUUUUUCUGAUGAUCCCAGACUGCAAAACAGCAAUGGUACCCUUCUGGGGCUAAAUGCCCUCCGAAUUUUUGAUCAAGGUCCAAAGUUACUCCAGAAACUUAUUACAACGAACUUCACAGGACUAACUGGAAAAAUACAAUUUGAUUCUGAAAAAAAUUUGAUUCUUCCGGCAUAUGAUGUUCUUAACAUUGGUGGAACUUCAUCGAGGUUGCUUGGUUAUUGGACAAAUUACUCAGGGCUCUCUACUGUUCCUCCAGAAAUUUUAUACACGAAGCCAUCAAACACUUCUACCAGUAAUCAACAUCUCUACGAUGUAAUAUGGCCUGGGGAAACUGUAACAAAGCCUCGGGGAUGGGUGUUCCCAAACAACGGGAAGCCAUUGCAAAUUGCUGUGCCAUAUCGAGUUACUUUUGCAGAGGUUGUGACUAAAGACAAAGGACCUGGAGGAGCCAAAGGAUAUUGCAUCGAUGUAUUUGAAGCUGCAAUAAGGUUACUGCCUUACGCUGUUCCUCAUGAUUAUAUCUUAUAUGGAGAUGGUCGAAGAAACCCUUCAUUUAGCAACCUUGUUUAUGAUGUGGCGCAAAAUAAAUAUGAUGCAGCUGUUGGGGAUAUUACUAUUACCACAAACAGGACGAGAAUUGUGGACUUUACACAACCUUUCAUGGAGUCUGGGCUUGUUGUAGUUGCUCCAGUCAGAGAGAUUAAAUCUAGUCCAUGGGCUUUCCUCAAGCCAUUUACUUGGCAAAUGUGGGGUUUAACCGGAGUGUUUUUUCUCUUCGUGGGAGCCGUUGUCUGGAUUCUUGAGCAUCGGAUGAAUCAUGAGUUCCGUGGUUCUCCAAGGCAACAACUGAUAACGAUCUUUUGGUUUAGUUUCUCAACAAUGUUUUUUUCGCACAGAGAGAACACUGUGAGCACCCUGGGACGUUUGGUGCUGAUCUUGUGGCUGUUUGUGGUUUUAAUUAUAAAUUCAAGCUAUACAGCUAGUUUGACAUCAAUUCUCACAGUACAGCAGCUGAGUUCGCGAGUUCAAGGGAUUGAUGGUUUGAUAUCAAGCACUGAUCCAAUAGGGAUCCAGGACGGUUCAUUUGCAUAUAAUUAUCUUAUUGAUGAGUUAAAUGUUGCAGAGUCGAGGCUCCGAAUAAUGAAAACCCUAAAUGAUUACAUUACUGCCCUUCAGAAAGGUCCGAGUGGUGGUGGGGUUGCUGCCAUUGUCGACGAGCUCCCUUAUAUCGAUCUAUUCCUUUCCAUCACAAAGUGCACAUUCAGGACCGUCGGACCGGAGUUUACAAAAAGUGGAUGGGGAUUUGCAUUUCCAAGGGACUCACCACUGGCAGUUGAUUUAUCAACAGCAAUUCUUCAACUUUCAGAAAACGGGGAUCUUCAGAGAAUCCACGAUAAAUGGCUUUCCCAUGAUGGAUGUUCUGGACAAACCAACCCAAUGGAAGAGAACCAGCUUUCGCUCAAGAGUUUCUGGGGCCUGUUUCUUAUAUGUGGCAUCGCUUGUUUCCUUGCUUUAGUAUUCUUCUUUUAUAGAGUUUGCUGGCAGUACAGCAGAUAUAGUGCAGAGGGAGAGCAGCACGAUAUUGAAGAACACGAAACUGCACGUCCCAUUAGACGAUCCAUUGGAAGCACAAGCUUCAAGGAUCUGAUUGAAUUUGUGGAUAGGAAAGAAGCUGAAAUCAAGGAAAUACUUAAAAGGAAGAGUAUGGAAUCCAAAAGGCACCAUCCCAGACAUGUUUCUGAGGGGCAAAGCAGUUCACCAACUUGAAAAAAAGAUUUAGUCCAUUGCCUUGUAUAUGAUUUGAACAUUUCAGUUUGUAUGUUGCAUAAUCAGGUAGGCAGUUUACAUUGAAAAUGUCAAUGGUAAAAAUUGGUAGAAACUAUAUUCCUUUUUUAUCAAUAAAAAUGAUUUUGAAUCUUCUUGGCAA